GUAGAGAUUUCUAAAGGGGAAAAAUUGGUAAAAAUGUGUAUUAUUUGGGAAAAGGAGACUUUUUUUAUAUAUGAUGAUAGUGCAUUUUCUUGUAUAUUUUUUUCGGAAAAAAAAUCGAGUUUUAAUAAUGAAGGACCGUAAAAGCAUGAAUUUUUUUAAAAUAUAGAAUAUUCUUGGUCUAUUUUUUGCAAAAAACAUUGGUCCAUUUAACCAAAAAUGGCCAAAGAAGAGAAACGAAAAGAUCUUAUUUCAUAAUUGAGUAUUUUUGCUUUUAUUUUAAGCUGAUUUAGUUAAAUGAAGUCUUUUUAGAAAAUUCCUUUUAGGCUCUUUUGGCUUUCGCUGGUCAGUUUUCCGUCAGGAUCGUUUUUAUCGUAGUAUAUUAGAACGUUAAAGGGAUAGUUUUAGUUGUUUAAAGGAAGAUUGAGGAGGCCACGGAUGUAAAAUAUGUCUUUUUUGAUUUAUGUUUGUGAGUUUUAUAAGAUAUUUUAUGAAGGUUCGAAAUAUAUGCAUAGUUUGGGAUUUUUAAUGGAUAUUUUUUAAGAUAAUUUUAUUUCUGUAUUUUCAGGAUAUUCAUGUACUAAUUUAGUUCCUUUUUCAGGAUCAUAAGUACCUUAGAGUAUUAUUUUUUCCGUACUAGGAAGAUUUUAUUAUAAAUAGAGACACAUAUAGUCGUUAUUUUAGCAUGAAUUUAAGGAAGAGAUGUAUUUUAUUUAAAGUCCUUGGGCAUAUAUAUGCUAUUAUUAGUCAUUAAAAAGAUCUUUAUUUGAAUAUGAGAUGUGUAUUUAUUAGGGAGAGGUAAUAAAUUUAUUAAAGGAAGGGAAAAAAGUCUAUAAGUUUUCAUUUUUAAGGAAAAUAUAGAUGAAAAAGGAGUUUUUUUGAAAAAUAAUUUUACUUUCGAAAAAACCUAUGUUUUACCAGGAGAAAGUGGUUAUUUUAGCGUUUGUGAGAAAUACUGGAGAUGCUUAAUUUUCGAGUUGGAUUUCUAUAUUUAUUUCAUUUAAAAAAAGGAUAUUUGGGUUUAAGAAGUUUUAGGUUUUUUAAUUAAAAGUUACUAUGUUUUGACUUUCGGUUAUUUUUUGGAAAAAAUCAUUUAUUAAGGUUUAUAGGGAAAGCUCUUUUUGGGCC